AUGGUACACACUGCUGCACUCAUCGCACCAAACGGCAAUGUUGGUUCCGCUACUCUCCGUCACCUUCUCCUUGCUCAUAAGGAAGGGAAGCUGAACUUGAUCGUUCUGCAUCGCCCUGGAGGUCCACCUAAGGAACUUCCCUCCGAUUCGGGCGUGGAAGUUCGCGAGAUCAAUCUUGACGGCUCCCUUGAAAAGAUCCAGGAGGCGGUCCACGGUGUGAAUGUCGCAAUCUCUGCUCUUCCAAUGACGACCAUCCACUUGCAAAUUAACCUUGUGCGGGCUCUAUCCAGGACACCUGGAUUCGUUACUUUGAUUCCCGCGAGGUUCAGUAUUCCCUUAACUGAUGAUGAUUAUCCUUACCUUCCAAUCAUGAAGCCUGUUUUGGACACCGAGAAACUUGCCACGGAGCUUGGUGUAGGCAUUACGCAUGUGUGGACUGGCGCCUUUAUUAUGUCCUUUAAGUUUCGGUGGUUAGAAUCCAGCUUAGAAGAGAAUAAGGUCGUGGCAAAUGCCAACCAGUUGAAGAACUGGACUCCCAUCACCACAAUGGAUCACCUCGGCGCGGUACUUACAGAUCUGUUGACGCAAGACCCGACAAAUAUUGUGGGCAAGAGCUUCUCGGUGGUGACGUUCCGCCCUUCAGGUCAAGACCUGCUCAAUGUCUUCACAAGGGUGAAUGAAAACACGCCUGCGACGCUGGUGGCGCACACACCAGAGGAUCUGAAGAGGCUGUUACAGGACACCCAGGGCAUUGGCGCGUUUAUGGGUGUGUAUAUGCGGCACUGGGAUCGGGGAGAUCUUGAGUUUCCUAGAACAGUACCCACAUCCAAUGAAAUAUCAUUAGAGGCCGAGCUUAGAAAGAUACACAGCUUACAUUAG